AUGAACUUCGACGAAGUUUACUGUCCGAUUAACAACAAACCAUGGACUGAGCGUGAGGCAGUGCAGGAGUUGAGGGACAUUCUACGAGAAGAGAGGAGUAGUAUAGAUAGUUUACAGAUCGCUGAACUUCUUCAGCGAUCCUUGAUUGUUUUAGCCGAGGUUUGUCGACCGUCGCUCUCUCAAGCUGUUCCAUUAUCGCCCCCAUGGCCUGAACAAUCAGAGGAUGACAGUGAUGUUGUAGAGACACGUCCUACACAAGUGAAACAGACUAAAUCGUCGAAAAAAGCCCGUCCUCUUGAUUGGUCAAGAGACGGGGUUGAUGGGGGGCCAACUUCUCUUGAUAUACUGUUGCGUUGGCUGGAAAUUCCGGGGAAUGUGGAUCGCUGGCGUAAUGGCUUUGAAGGACAAACCCAGAAGAACACCAUGGAAGCAUGUGCAGCCUGGCUGAGUGACAAUGGAAGCCCUACGGCCCGAGAUGCGUCAGCCUGUAAUAGCAAGAUUCAUGGUCUUUUUGCUACUUGGAAAGAAGCGAACACCUACCGUCAUAGUACUGGUGCAGGGGAGGGUGGCUAUAUCAUUGCUCGGGCUGAAGAACAAGGCGUUGAGGAGGAUAUUGUGGCUGCAGUUUCUCGAGUAGAUCGUAAUACCCGCUACAAGUGCCCUCUUUGGGACACUCUCAAUCCCAUUUUCAAGGACAGAGACAGUGGGGACCCCUCCUUACGGUCCGAUUCAACUCAGCCGUAUAAUCCUGCUUUGGACUCGCUAUCUUCAUCUCUUGGUGUAAACCUCAGAGCUAAGAACAAAUAUCCCAUGCGUAACCAGGACUCAGACAGUGAUGAUGAGGAUGGCUCUAUGAACGAUUUCCAACCACCUGGUACGCCUGCAACUCUGGCCGAAGCAGCAAGUUAUUCGUCAAAGAAUACAAAGAAUGACAAAUCAAACUUGCUGAAAGGGACACCUCCUACUAGUCUUUCUCGUUCAUCUUCUAGUCUGUCAGGAACUCAGGGAGGCAAGGAGUUACCUUCAAUUAGUGGAAAGCGUAUGCGUAAAAGAAGUUCUACGACAAAACAAGAAGGUGAUGAGAUCCUUGACGCUUUCAAAGAACAGGACGACCAAUAUCAUGCUGCAAAGCUGGCUAAGAUGGAUGAAAUGUAUCGUUUGAAGGCUAAGAGGAUGGCUGGAGACUACACCAAGGCUAUAUUUGAAGCAGCUGCCAUUCUCAUGAAGGUAGAUUCGACCAGAAGUUGGGGAGACUGUCUUGCAGAAGCCCGGGCUGAAGCUGAGCGUCACCAGUAG